AAUUCCUUUGCUUAAUAUAGGAAAUUUGUGCCAAGAACAAGAAGAACCGAGAAGCUAUGAAGCAUCACCAAACUACAUGCUCCAGGUCUUAUCCUUCUCAUUUCCACCAACUCACAAAUCACAAGUACAACAGUGAGGACCCUAGUCCCAUUGAGGUUUUCAGAGAAAAUAGGAAGACGGAAUGCACGAGCACCGCUGCCCUUGAAACUUAUACUGAUGUGAAAAUGAAAAGGAGUGAAGCAGAAAGAGAAGAUGACCAACCAGUGUCUGGUAGACAUAUUGUGGCGGAAGUUCUCAAAGAGCAAAGCUCCUCAAGCACCUUCUUUUCAACCAUUGGGUACCAAUCAAGAUCUGGGAGGUCUAGGACAUCAGCUUCUGAAGAACGUGUCCAAGAAUUAGAAGAAAACAUUGAACAACAGAAGAGAGGCAAUAGAUGCAAAUACGAUGUACCAACAACAGUUAACCGAGAGAGGUAAAACGCAAGAGGCUGCACUUGAAGAGAUGCAAAUAUAGCAACAAGAAGAAUUGACGGCCAUGAAAAAGAGCAAAGAAGAAGAAAAAAAUAUGAAAAAAAGCAAGAGGAACAAGACAGCCUUAUUAGCUUCCUCUUACGGAACCAUGCUACCCAGAACUAGACACCAUACAUGACACGGAAGCCAUUAUUAGAUAUUGCUAUUCUACCAUCAAUUUAGUUUCCUCGUCCUUAGUCAUAUCAAUUUUAUAGUGCUUAACUUAUUUAGUUAUGUAAGAUGAUAUUUGGCUGUGAGAUUAUAUUUACUUGA